AUGAGUUCUUGUAGUGCGUGUAGCCAAUUAAUUAGCGUCACUGAAAGGUUGACAUGUUCUCAUUGCUCGCGCAACUAUCACUAUACAUGCGUGAAUUAUAAUAAAGAAAACUUCUCUAAAAUAACAACGAGGGCGAAAUCUUCCUGGAAGUGUCCUGAAUGCAAGCAACCGCGCAGAAAUGGCGAUAACAGUGAAACGCCAGUAAAGGAAGUUCUUGAAAAUGUUUCGGAAAUAGACCACGUUCCAAGUGCCUCAUCAUCAUUUCACAUUUUUGAUGAACGUUUGGCUCAGUUUGAAGUUUCUAUGUUUGCAAAAAUAGACAAACUAAUAGCUGAUUCAAUCGGUAAACGUUUUAAGGAGGAUUUUGAAAGCUUACGUAAAGAUAUGAAAUUAAUUUCUGAGCUGACUAAAUCAGUAGAAUUUAUGUCUUCCAAGUUUGAUGAGAUUAACAAAGAACUUUCAGAACUCCGGUCUGAAACAAUUGGACUGCGAGCUGAAAAUGCACAUCUUCGUGAAAAUGUCAUCGAGCUUAACACUAAAAUGUCUCUAAUGGAACAACGUGCACGAGAAAGCAAUAUUGAAGUACAUUGUAUCCCUGAACAUUCGAAUGAGAACUUGGUUAAUUCAAUACUACAGCUCACUAAAGUGGUCGGGUGUCCUAUUGAAGAGAGAGAGAUAUUAGCCUGUUCAAGGGUAUCAAGAAUCAACACAAAGUCUACUAGACCUAGAUCAACUAUUGUGAAACUAGCCUCACCAAGGGCUCGAGAUAGUGUGCUUGCUGCUUAUUACAAGUACAACAAACUUAAUCCAUCUAAUAAGUUAAGUAGUUCUGAUCUGGGUAUUGGGGGUGACAAACAACCAAUUUAUCUUAUGGAGCACCUGUCACCGAACAACCGUGCACUGCACGCCCAAGCUCGCAUAUUUAAAAAGGACAACCAGUACAAAUACGUUUGGGUUCGUAAUGGACGAGUAAUGUUAAGGAAAGACGAUUCGUCGGCAGCGGUGUGGGUAAAAAAUACCGAAACUCUGAAAAACUUAAUUAAUAAGUAG